GUUGGAAAUUUCCGUAUUGAGCCACCCGGUUUGUUUAGAGGACGCGGUAAACACCCAAAAACAGGCAAACUCAAACUGCGUGUAGCUCCCGAAUCAGUUACUAUUAAUAUUGGAAAGGACGCUAAAAUACCUGAUCCACCUCCAGGACACACGUGGGGAAAGAUCAUUCAUGAUAAUACUGUUACUUGGCUUGCGACAUGGAAAGAAAAUGUUAAUGAUUCAAUCAAAUACGUUUUUCUUGCUGCGAAUAGUUCACUUAAAGGACAAAGUGAUCUCAAGAAAUUUGAAAAAUCUCGUGAGCUCAAGCAACACGUUGAUCGAAUCCGAUCCGAGUACACUCGUGAUCUAAAGGAUAAGCUUAUGGAAACUCGACAACGCGCCACAGCCAUGUAUCUGAUCGACCGUUUUGCUCUUCGAGCAGGAAACGAAAAAGAUGAAAAAAAUGAAGCCGAUACUGUUGGUUGCUGCUCGCUCAGACUUGAGCACGUGACACUUAAUCCACCGAAACAAGUUAUUUUUGACUUUCUUGGAAAAGAUUCCAUUCGUUAUUAUAAUGAUGUGGAAGUAGACGAACAAGUCUGGAAGAAUUUGAAUAUAUUUAAAAGGAAACCCAAGACAGAUUCGGAUUUGUUAUUUGAUCGAUUGAAUACUACUCUUCUCAAUAAAUAUUUGUCAAAACAAAUGGCCGGUCUUACUGCUAAGGUAUUUCGCACUUACAACGCUUCUCAUACAUUUCAAGAACAAUUGAAAAAAGGGAUGGCGGAACUUGAAGAAGAAUGCAAAGGCAGAGAAAUGACCAUACACGAAAAAAUAUUCAAAUAUAAUAAAGCUAAUCGCGAAGUCGCUGUAUUAUGUAACCAUCAGCGAACAGUGAGCAAAGCUCAUGAAAAUCAAAUGACAAAGAUUAUUGAUAAGAUACGGGCUUUUAAAUACCAGAAAAUGAAGCUCAAACAAAUGCUGUUUACUUUAAAUCCUAAAUUAAAGAAGCGUGCAGAAUACGCCGAAGAAGAAAGCGACAUAGAUGAUGAAUGGAUUAUACAACAUGAAAAACUUUUGAUGGAAAAAGAACGUGAGAAGGCGCGGACAAAAUUCGAAAAAGAUAAUGAAAAACUUAUUGCUGAGAAGCAAAAACCAAAACCUGAAAAAGAACUCAAUGCAAUAUUACAAGAAAUCGAUGAAAGGGAAAAAGAGCUCAUCGAGGAGCGUAAAAGCAAAAAAAUCGAAGUAAAAAAAGGAACGACUGUCGAGAAACUUAAAGAACAAAUUAGCAAAAUAAAUGAAAAGAUCGAUGCGACAAAGCUCACGCUAAAAGACAAAGAUGAAAAUAAGCAAACUGCUUUGAGCACAUCAAAAACUAACUAUAUUGAUCCACGCAUCUCCUUUGCUUGGUGUUAUAAAUAUGGCGUGCCCAUCGAAAAAAUUUUCAACAGAAGCUUACGAGAAAAAUUCAAGUGGGCUCUUGAGGUUGACGCUGAUUGGGUGUUUACCGCGUCCUCUAAACAAACCGG